UGAAUAUGAUGCUGCUGUUAUUAUUUACCAUAAGUGUUCACGUUGUAAAUUGUCAACGUUGUAAAAUCAUUAUCGGCAGUUUCAAAACAGCUGAUUGUCGUAAACUUCAUUUAAGGGAAAUUCCACAAAACCUAUCGGAAGACAUUGAUGUUUUGGACCUUGGUGAAAACAGCUUUGUGACAAUUUCGAAUAAAUCUUUCAGCCGUUAUAGCAACUUAAAAGUUCUAAAAUUAGAUACAUGCAACAUUGAAAGCGUAGAGGCAGAAGCAUUUAACGGUCUACGGAAGCUUGAAAUCUUAACAUUGGCUAAUAAUUCUCUCAAUAUAUCAACCAAUGAUGGGUUAUUCAUUUUACGUAACAUACCAAACAUAAUUGAUCUUGACUUUAGUUCAAAUAUGGAAUUGGCUGAUAAAACGGGACAUUUGUUGUAUCCAGGAGUUGCAUUUCAACACUUGAAACAACUACAAAACUUGACCAUUGAUUUGUAUGGAUGUCCCGUUUUCGGACCUGAAUUCAAAAAUUUACCUUUGAAGUAUAUCAAGUUCAAGAGCUGUCAUCUUCAAAAUUUAAGAAAUGACACAUUCAAAAAUUUUCCAGCUACUUUGUCAGAAAUACAUUUGUCGAAAUGUCUUUCUAUCAAAACUUCCCAAAUCGGAGUUAAUGUAUUGCGACCGUUUAUCUCGCUUUCUAUUCUUGACUUGUCAUGGACUUGUGUUACUUUAACAAAAGGACUGGAAUUAAUGUAUCCACUAAUAAACAGAACAAUGCAAUUGGUAGAUCUAUCACACAUGCUUAAUCCAAGAACAAACAAAUUUGCUUUACCUCAUACCAUCAUCCUGACAGAGGAAAUGAUGAAACAUUUGAACACUAUGUGCGUUCAAAUUCUUAUCUUAGCUGAUAACAACAUUGUUGACAUUCUUCGUCUGUCAUUGUUCGGUUCAAAACAUCUGGAAUGCCUCGAACAUCUCGAUUUAUCAGGCAAUCGUUUCGGGCUUUUUUCUCUAAAAUAUGAACUCCCGUUUUAUGCUCCUAAACUUUCUCGUCUUAGAGUUUUCGAUUUUUCAUACUUGGCGUUAACAUACUUGGAUGCAGUGUACAUGCCAGCAACAACCAGUGCGGAUCAAUAUCACUCGCAUAAGAAAAAGAAAAGGAAACAUGACUAUUGUGAAGGUGAAACUUCCGUCAAAAUAACCAUUCCAUCAAAACUCGAAGUAUUGCGUAUAACCCAUGUUUUAGGUGCUCCUCCUUUUCCAAAAUUAACGCUAAAUAAUAUCACUAGUUUACGAUACUUGGACAUGUCUUAUUACGAUAUCAAGUGCUUUCCUGAUAUCUUUUUGUAUAAUCGAGACAUACGGUUGGAAUAUUUAGACAUCUCAGGAAUUGACUGUGAACUUUACUUCAAGAAGAAAAACCUACCUUACUUUCCUGUGCUUAAGGAACUGUACAUGAGGGAUGCACAUUUCUAUCGCGCUAUAGAUAAGAACAUUAAUAUAUUUAAAAAUACUCCAAAUUUAGAGCGUUUGGAUUUAGAUUCUAACUAUAUGUUUACUUUGCCAUCAUCAUUCAUAAUGCAUUUGGACCAUCUAAUUCACUUACGACUUUCAGAUAAUCGUCUGAGUCAUAUUCCUGCAGCCAUUACAGAUCUGCCAAGACUAAAAACGCUAAAUUUGAAAGGGAACAGAAUAUUUACUCUCUACCCAGAGUUUACUUCAUGGCUUGAUGCACAGCAAGUAAAACUUGGAUAUUUUUCACUGAAGAUACGGAAAAAUGAUUUUUCUUCUUCGUGUGAAAACAGAAAAUUUGUUCGAUGGUUGAAUAGUACGAUGGUACAUUUGGACAAUAAGACGUACUAUUGUCGAUUGAGCAAUGGAUCCUUCAGUAACACUGACACGGUUUUAAUGAAUUACCAUGUAAUUUUCAGUAAUUGCGAUGCUUUCGUCUGGUUACGAGUUGGCGUCAUACUUUUAGUCUCGUUUUUUAUGGUUCUUCUUCCUACUAUAGUUAUUUACAACUUCCGAUGGAGAAUCAUAUUUUUCUGCUACCGAAAGUUUCGAGGAAUUAUGGAGAACAGCUUGAAGUUGAAUUAUGAUUAUGACGUAUUCAUUUCUUACGGAUAUGAUGGAUAUUCAUGGGUUCUUGAGACUUUAAUAGUGCAACUGGAAACAAAAUGGGGUUUCCGAGUAUGUGUAGAAGAUAAGAAUUUCAUAAGUGGCAGAUCAACGUUUGAACAAAUAGGAAAUGCUAUAAACAGAAGUCGCCAAAUCAUUUUUGUCGUGACCUCCGAUUUUAUGUCAAAACCUUGUGCCGCGUAUGAAAUAGACCGGACAAAAGAAGCCAGGUCAUCACGUUCGCUACAGAAUAUAAUUGUAAUUGCCUUAGACGUAAACAUUGAAGACAUACCACGAGAAUUACAGUCACUAUGGAGUGAUGUUGUUGUUAUCGAAUGGCCUCGACAUUCGAAUGACGUUAAUUUGGCUUUAGACAAUCUGCAAACAAGACUUCUGCUGAAUUGUUGAGACACUCUUGGUGCAAAUUCGCAAAAUCAAUCAACACUUAAGGAUGUUCGCUACUCUGUAAAAAUAAAAUAACAAGCUUUUUACCAGACUGUUGAUAGUAUAUUAUUAAAUGAAUUAAAAAAGUAGAAAAAAAGAUAUGUCCGUGUCCUUGCUUUUGAAAUAUACUAGAAGAUGCCCGCGAAAUUGCGGUACAAUUGAGCAAGUGUUGAAAUAAAGAGUAUGGACACAGUAAUAAAGUGGACACAGUAAGGAUUUGUACACGGUUAAUAAUUUAAUUCGAUUUCUUUAAAGAGAUGAAAAUGAGGAACAAAAUGCAAAAGACCCCAUUCAUCUCGGUUGGAAAAUAAAAAUAUGAAAUACCCUAAGAAAAGUGUGGCAAAGUUUGAUUUUCAGUAGUUUUUUACCCUUUAACUUAAUAACCGUAUGAGCUACGUAAAAUCCGUUGACAUUACCGAAGGGGAUCAAAGUGAGUAACACAAUGGCAAAAAUCCCAUCUAAAACACUUCAUCAUGAAUCAACCCCUCUUGUAUCUCAAAAACCGUUCACGCUACUCCAAAUCUGUUGACAUACUCAAGUUGAAGAAUCUUAUAAGCAAUAAAAAAUUCUGUAUUUCUGGUAACAUCAAUUUGAAAAAUAUGGUCGGUAGGUCGGAAAACUUUUUUUAUUUAUUUUUAUUUUUUCAUGACAUCGAAAAAGAAAUCCAGAAAAUUAGGAAGUACAAAACACUAAAUUUAUACGUCAUAUCACAAAUAUUUCCGACUGUGUAUGGUUUCAGAGGAGUUGCAGCUCAAUGAAAUCGGUCUCUUUCUUUUUUAGUAUAGAAACCAUUGAAAAUUAGGCUUGAAAUGAUUCUCUCUAGAUUUUUCAUUCCUUUAAUAUUACCACCUUUUUUCUUUCAUAAAUAAUGAAAAAUAACAAGAUUUUAUAAGAUUUUCAAAAAUGGUUUUUUAAAACUAUAUUGAAUAAAAUAAUGAAAAGAAAAGUAGGGGUUAGCGGGCCAAAUUCUUAUCGACACUACAUGUACAUAAAAACUAGAGGAUUCCGAAUUUCUGACAAAAAGUCAAAAACAAGAGUAGCGAACAUCCUGAAACAUAAUGUUGAACUUGUUAAUAGUUACAUUAUACAGUAAUCUAUAAAAGAAAAAAGGUCAGAUGUCGUAUUACGAAAAAAAAAAAAUUACAAUGCAAGACAAUUAUUAAUAAAUGUAAUGUGAAAAUAUGCUUGUGUUUUAAUAUUUUUAUAGUGUACGGCAAAUUGAUGUAAUACCACAGGUCUGUCAUAAUGCGGUUGUUGAAAAAAUUAAAAUACUGAGAAGGCUACCAUUGAAUUGGUUCCUGGUUUGGGAGCUACACAAUUUUAAACAUUUUCCACUUCCUGAUAUUAAAUGUAUCAAUUUGUAGUCAAAUAUGUAGAAAUCUAAACGGUUCGUGGAAUAGUCAAAUAUGUAGAAACCUAUUUAAGUCAAACAGUUCGUGGAAUGUCUUUAUAGAUGUUGGUCAGCCCAUUUUUUGAAUGCAUUGAAUGCAUCAGUCUGUAGUCCAUCGUUCAUUCCAAAUAACUGAAAAUAUUUUUUGCAUUUUUUUCUGUCCAAAUCACGUACUAAACAUUGGCCGAAAAGCUGUUGUGCCUAAAAUUAUAAAAAAAAACAUUUUUUUUUUAAAACAUUUUUUAGCCAUUUUAGAAUCUCCAAUACAACACUGUACAAACUGCGGGUCAGGAAGCCGGUUUGUAUUACAAAUUUCUUUUCUCCUAACUCAACUUUCUGGAAUUGACCGGUGUACUGUUUUACAUUUUAUGAGAAAAUGGACAGGUGUAGUGCUAAUAUGUUAUAUAUUUUUUUGUUUUAUCUCAAAUAUGACAUGAUCGUCUGAAAAAUGAUAUAUGUUGAGUUUUUUUUUCGGUCACAUCCAAACAACAUUAAGGAUUGCAAAUAGGUAAAUAGAUAAACAUUAUUUGUAUUUCUGAUUCGUGCCAAUCUGCUGAAUUAAACCAUUUCCAACUUAUUUUUUCAGUUAGUUUUAACGUUGUGGUGGUACACCACUUUCCCAGGUUAAGGGAAAGUUUAACGCUCUCAAACAUGUUCUGUAUGUGCCUAUCCCAAGUCAGGAGCUGUUAUUCAUUGGUUGUCAUUGGUUGCUGUAUAUCACAUGUUCUGUAUGUGCCUGUCCCAAGUCAGGAGCUGGAAUUCAUUGGUUGUCAUUGGUUGCUGUAUAUCACAUGUUCUGUAUGUGCCUGUCCCAAAUCAGGAGCUGUAUUCAGUGGUUGUCAUUGGUUGCUGUAUAUCACAUGUUCUUUAUGUGCCUGUCCUAAAUCAGGAGCUGUAAUCAGUGGUUCUCAUUGGUUGCUGUAUAUCACAUGUUCUGUAUGUGCCUGUCCCAAAUCAGGAGCUGUAAUUCAUUGGUUGUCAUUGGUUGCUGUAUAUCACAUGUUCUGUAUAUGCCUGUCCCAAGUCAGGAGCCUGUAAUUCAUUGGUUGUCAUUGGUUGCUAUAUAUCACAUGUGCUGUAUGUGCCUGUCCCAAACCAGGAGUCUGUAAUUCAUUGGUUGUCAUUGGUUGCUGUAUAUCACAUAUUCUGUA